UUGUCGAAGAAAAUAUACAGAGAAAGGCAAAAGACAGAAGCAGGAAAAAGAAAAACUUGAAAUCUCGUAACGAUGGCGAAGCCAGUGUCUGAUUCACACAGCAACAGAGAAGCAGUUCAAGCAACAAACGACGACGCCUCGGCCAGCAAACUGUCCUGCGUGAAGAAAGGGUACAUGAAAGACGAUUAUGUCCAUUUGUUUGUAAGAAGACCUGUGAGAAGAUCUCCGAUUAUUAACCGUGGUUACUUUGCUCGUUGGGCUGCUCUUCGCAAGCUCCUGAAUCAGUUUCUUGAUACUGAAAAAAAUGGGGGUGAAAAGGGUAAUUUGAAGAAGCAGGUUUUAUCACUUGGAGCUGGCUUUGAUACAACAUAUUUUCAGCUGCAGGAUGAGGGGAGAGCACCCCAUUUAUAUGUGGAGCUGGAUUUUAAGGAGGUAACUAGUAAGAAGACCACACUUAUUGAAACCUGCAAUCAUUUGAGGGACAAAAUUGGUGCAACAGCUUCAAUCUCUCAAGAAAAAGGAGAAGUGCUCAGUGACCACUAUAAGCUACUCCCCAUUGAUUUGCGCAACAUACAACAAUUAGACGAUGUUAUAGCUUUGGCUGGUAUGGAUCGCAGGUAUGUGCUUACAGUCAAUUUUCUUCCUUUGUUGUUUAUUUAGAUCUCAUUGCCGUACUUUGAACACUUAGUUUUGGGUCAUUGGUGUCUUCUUUUAUGGCUUUCCAGAUACU